UUUUUCCGUUCUUUUAUUACUACUGAUAUAAUACCACUGUUUCUGACCUUAAAAGUCUUCUACAACCAACCUAAAGCUCCCACAUAAACGACGACAUUAAUUCCCCUAAUUUUUAUGGUCUGAAAUUGUAAUAUUAUCAUCAGAAAUCCACUACGCUCCGGCCAUGGCUACCGCCGACCGCCAUAAGCAACAACCCUCCGACGGGUGGCUCUGCCCCUUCACUAAAUCAAUAUUUCCGGCUUGGCUUAGGCGUAGGCUCCGUCUUGAUCCUGCUAGCAAACUCUACUUUCCUUAUGAACCCGGAAAGCAGGCGAAGAGUGCUGUAAGGAUGAAGAACACAAGCAAAUCUUAUGUUGCAUUCAAGUUUCAAACUACUGCACCAAAAAGCUGCUACAUGCGACCUCCUGGAGGUAUUCUUACACCUGGUGAAAUCCUGAUUGCCACUGUCUUCAAGUUUAUUGAGCUCCCUGAGAACAAUGAGAAGCCUAUAGUAGAUCAAAAGACCAAGGUAAAGUUCAAGAUCGUGAGUUUGAAGGUGAAAGAAGGAACUGAUUAUGUACCUGAGUUGUUCGAUGAACAAAAGGAUCAAGUUACUGUUGAGCGUACUCUAAGGGUGGUGUUUUUGGACCCUGAACGCCCUUCUCCAGCACUGGAUAAACUAAAACGUCAGUUGGCCCAAGCUGAGGCUGCAGCAGAAGCUGACAAGAAACCUCCAGUUGACACAGGUCCGAAAGUUGUGGGAGAAGGUUUAAUAGUAGAUGAAUGGAAGGAGCGGAGGGAGAGGUAUCUUGCCCGGCAACAGGUUGAGGCAGUGGAUUCAGUGUAAAGCAGUAAAGGGUUUUUAUGGAUUUCACGCGAUCACAUAUGUUCUCCAGGACCAAAUUAUCCAUAUGCUGAAAUAGAGGAACCUGAAGUAUGUGCAGAAAAGUUAGUUUGGGCAACAUUUAUGGACCGAUAUGGCCCAAAAUAGGUCUAUCGUGUUAUCCGAAAAAUACACUCACCAAUCAAUUCUUGCAAGUAAAUGUUACUUUUACUAUAAACUUUUAUACAAUUCAAGUUUAUGCAUUUAUGAGACGAACUUUUUUACACAAUAUAUCAUUAAGAUUUUAAAAGA